AUGGGCGACUUGCCUGCACCUCGUGUAACGCCCAGCUCCCCAUUUACUCAUACUGGCAUGGACUUCGCAGGCCCCUUUUCUGUAAAAACCUACAAUCUUAGAUCCGCCCGGACCGUGCAAAGCUACAUCUGCAUAUUCGUUUGCUUCUCCACGAAAGCUGUGCACAUAGAGUCUGUACACGAUCUAACAUCUAACUCGUUUAUUGCAGCUCUAAGAAGAUUCACAGCCUGUCGAGGGUGUCCCACGGACUUGUACAGUGAUUGCGGAACUAACUUCGUGGGCGCGGACAACGCCUUGAAGAAAUUAAUUUCCCAAGAGUCGAAUGAUCUAAGCGAGCAUGCUCUAGCAAGAGGCAUUAAAUUCCAUUUUAAUCCUCCUGCGGCUCCGUUUCAAGGAGGACUUUGGGAAAGAGCAGUGCGUAGCAUGAAGGAACACUUCAAAAGGAUUGUCGGAGACCAAAAGCUCCAGAUGGAUGAAUUUCAAACCGUUUUGUGUCGGAUCGAGGCCAUCUUGAACUCCAGACCUCUUACGCCAAUGUCAAAUGACCCAAAUGACCUCGAGGUUCUGACUCCUGGUCAUUUCUUGAUAGGCAGGCCUGUAGUAUCCCCUCCAGAGGAAGAACACGGGGACACUCCUCUUCCCAGGCUCAAGAGGUGGAAGUACGUGGAAGCUCUCUCUCAGCAACUUUGGAAAAGAUGGUGUAGUGAAUACCUGCAAACUCUACAAAAGAGGAAUAAAUGGCUUAAGACAUCAACUCCGCUGAAAGAAGGUGAUCUCGUGCUCAUUGAAGAUCCUCAACUCCCCACCCUUUGCUGGAAAAGAGGUCGGGUGUUGCAGACGUUUCCUGGGAAAGACGGGCAAGUUAGAGUCGCCACCGUGCGUACUCCCACCGGCGAGCUCAAGAGACCCGUGCUCAAGUUAUUUCGUUUGCCUGCGGAGGAUUGA